GAGGAGGACUUUCUGGAGAUGAUCAGUGCCUCUCAGAUGAUGGAAAACCAGUACGGUCACCUCUUUGAAAAGGUCAUUGUGAAUGAUGACCUCACAGUUGCCUUCAGCGAGCUCAAACAGGCGCUCAAGAAAGUGGAGACAGAAGCUCACUGGGUGCCCAUCAGCUGGACUCAUUCCUGAGGGGCGGCACAACACAAGGGAACAAGGCAAUUGCAUCUGGAAGGGGGACUAAGGGAAGGACUUAAAAAAACUGUGAAAGAUUUCUUUCUAUUGAAUUUUUAUGUUGGACUUUAGAUGGUGACAGGGAAACUUUUUAAGUAGUCUUAAUACAUCUGAAGUGGUUUAUCUUUUCUUGGAGACUAAAGUGGAAGCGUAUGGGUUUGUUUUUGUUUUGUCGUGGUUAAUAUAGCUGAACGGGUGUAACAGCACUCAAAAAGUCAAAUGUCUGAUCAUUUAGCAGCCUCCGAGAGUGUGUUUUAGGCUGCCAAUCAAGUGGUGUUGUGGUGUUGACCACUGCUUGGUGUAUUUUUAACAUUAGUUUAUAGAAACCAAAGGGAUGAUUAUUAUUUUUCUGUGCUCAAAGUACACAUUUUUAUAUUUGCAAACUUAGCACACUGUACCCCACUGGCCUGUUACUUUGUUAGUUUAGCGUUGUGUAUGGGGGACGCCAUAUGAUGUUCAGUGGGCCCAUUUUAUUUAAAUAGAAAAUAAUAUAUUUUAAUAUUUUUUUUGGACUUUUACUUUUUUAGCCUGUCCCGGAUUUUAUCAGAGUUACAAGAAUAUUUUUUUUGCUUUUAGUAUGUAAGGAUCAAUGCCACCUUGUAAGCAGAAGUUUUACUAAUGUAUAAACCACUGUGUGCAGAAUCUGAGUUUUUCAGUUUUAUCUGUCUUUUUCUCCUUUUUCCAUUCUUCCAUUCUUGAGGUUAGGCACUUGGAAAAUGCAUAUAAGGGAAUUGACUCAGUCUAAGAAGCCUAAAAGCACCUCUCCUGCAAUUGAAUCUGAAAGAAAAAAAAGGCUUUUCAGACUUCAAUAGUUUACCCAAUAAUGAAAAUUUUGUCACAGUCUUCAAAAGAUUUAAAUAUGACAUGACAUGCGUUGUAUGGACUUCAAUGGUACUUACUUAUUUUUGGUGCUCAAUCCGCUUCCAACUUAAAGAUGUAAUCAGCAGAUGAGGGAGUAGAAUAUGUAUUUAUAGCAUAAAAACUAAUGAUGCACUGAAAUUUCAAUAAAAACUGUUCACCGAACACAAAGAAAAUGGGUGAAAUAUUUGAGAUGAAAGUAAAGAUGUUUCAAUUUUAUUUUUUCAUUGUUUCGGCCAAGAACAAAAAAUGGAUUAGCUACUAUAUUAGGCAAUCCCUCCAGGAUUUUGCAGGGACUAUUUUUUUUAUAUAUCGGCUGCCUGAAAUGUCUUUUUUAAUCUGAGAUUUUAUCAAAUUUUUAACAUUAUAUGCUUUAAUUCAUGUGUUUUGUUGUAAAACACACAAAAACAUUUUUUUAUCUCAAUAACCAUUCGACUCAUAAAAUCCUUUAGGUGUCGAGAUGGGUAAAAGUAUCAGAAUUUGGGAUGUGCUUCCAUUUUAGAAGAAAAGUAACUGAAAUAUUUCACAGAUUUAUUGAGGGACGGAGAACUGUUCUAUUGCUGGAUUUAAAUAUGAGUGACUCCCCAAAAGAACAUAUCAGGUCUAUUUAUUAAAACUGAACAACCCAAACAAUAUUCAUUUGGUUUUCAGAUAAAUAACAUUUUUUUGGGUGCAAAUUUCAGUGCAUUAUUAGUAUCAACAUUAAGUGAUAUAAUUAGUUACUGUUUUCUUUUUUUAUUAUAUAGCAAUGCCUCAUGUAAGAAUAUGUCAUUAAAUACAUGCAUACCUUUGCUGUUGUUUUGUUAAGUCCUGUUCACACCAAAAGGAUGAUGACGAAUAAGAAUUAAAAAAUGGAUCUAAAAUCAUUGUACAUACAAAAAAACUGUAACAUGGGGGAAUAAAUACAAAAUUGUAACAUGGGGGAAUAAAUAGGAGUUGCUUUCAAAAUAUAUAUAUAUGUUUUCCAUCUGAUGACUGAUAAAAACAUAGGCCAAUGAGAAUCCAUCGCAUUUAAAAAGCUUGAAUAUUUAAAGUGAUAGGAUACAACUCUGCAGCUCUCGCUUAUACAUGUAAUUGAAAAAUGUCCGUUUGGUGUGAGCAGACAUCCGUUUUGUUGUUACAGCAUAUCGUUUUGCAUUCAAGCAGUCUUAAUCCCAUUGACACUUGUUACUGUUAUGUACUGCAUUUAAUAAUUUUGUCCAAUAGUCAUCAUAAACACUGUAGUUUUGCCUUUAAAAGCAAGGUGCAAUGGAGUUUGUUCACUUGAUUCACUGUAUGUUUCUCUUUACCUCUUUUUCAGUCAGCUUUGCAGUCUUAAUAUGAAAUAUGCACAGUAAAUAUUCAAUCCUGUAUUUCAGUAACAUCCCUUCCUGGUUGGCUGGUCUUCUACCAAGUUGUGUAUGUCAAAUGCAUUUUAUGAAAGCAGAGAUUCAUGUUUCUAUAUUGUUUCAUUCUGUCGAUGAUCAAGGGUUUACAACCUGUGCUGUUAUAAAACAUCCCCUCCUCCAAAUGGACAUUAAAUAUGUGAAUCAGUUA